AGGACAAUUUCUUCAUUCCGAGUGCAAACUGCCGAUGGAAUCAAUCAUACCAGGAAAUCCCUUGUUUGAUUCCUUUGCAAGAAGAUUGUGGAGAUCAGGAAAUCCCUUGUUUGAUUACUUUGCAAGAAGAUUGUGGAGAUCAACGUAGUCCGGUGUUUGCAGGUACCAAGAAUUGUAUAUCCCAAUGAUUGAUGUGCAAAAUUUACUCAUGCACUAGAAAGUCGUGCUCUCCUCGAAAUGGUAUAGUUGGUCUAAUGAAUCAGCAGAACAACCAUUUACGAGCAUGAAUAUGACACUUGUUUUUUAUUACGGGGAUGGAAAGAGAUACAUGGUUCAAUGCAUCGUUCUUUGGUGCAAAGAAAUAAUCAGCUCGCACCACAUUGUUCAUUUUGCGGUCAAACAAGCAAGUUGCAUACGGAAAUGAUUGAAGACGGAAGACAUGGGAGCUAUAAGUUGGAUUUCAAUUUUAAUAGUCAUCCACCAAAUGACAUUGACCAUCUUCCCUACCUCGUUCAAUGUACUCACGACCACCGAAGUUUGGAAAAGUUCUGUAACCUCCACACGGUCGCUGCGGGAUUCGAACCUUGGUCCAUUGAUCCAAAUUUCUCACCACUCGACCAACUGAGCUACCCGUGCAGGUUCAGACAUACAUUCAUCAAGAUAUCAACUUAUGAGGUCAAAAUCACGUAUUGUAUUGAAUUGAAAUUAAUGUAGACACGAGAUGUUGUGUGUUAAGUUCGAACUGUUUAAAAUUUUAAAUUAAAUGUGUGUGGCUUCCUUCC